AUGGCGAAGGUGCCGCAGUCCUUGACCCCGGACCUCCACACCGUGGCGCUUGGAUUCUACCUCAAUUGGUACCUACGCCCUCGAUCAUCACCGGCAGGUUCAUCUCUAGGUCUUCUGGCCUCUCUGUCGGCCUGGGUCAGUAGCUCCAAGUCGGCAAUGGUUGAUUCCGCUGUCUCAUCUAUGGCAUUAGCCGUUUACUCACGUGUUCGGCACCACAUACUCGCAGCCACUGCUUCUUCGAUGACGUAUCAACUCACUCUGCGUUCAGCCCAGAAUUCCAUCUCCAACUUGAGCGCCGCAAACAUAGAUGCGUGUCUGAUGACUAUUUUUCUCAUGAGCCGCUACGAAGACGUCUUCCACCGACACUGGCAUUCACCCACAGGAAUCUCUUUUGGAAGUGCUCCUCAUCACGACGGUGCCACGGUCAUCUUGAAGACAUGGGUCGACAAUUUCCGCGGCUCAACUCCCCCAUCAGUGGUCAUUAAGCACACCCGCCGCGGCCUCCUUCGGUCUGCGCUCUUACGACAUCUUGCCGUGCCAGAAUGGAUGCUUGAUGGAAGUGUCUUUGGUGAGACUGGGCAGGAUCUUGCAUACGAUUCAAUCUUUGUCCGUUUGUUGAACAUUCGGCACCAACUCCAGACUGGCCUCGGAAACGAUGAUAGUGGUGUCACCAGCAGCUAUGUCAUUCCCUCGGCAGGUGAUCUGGAAGACUUGCUUGUAGAAUUGAAGACACUCGACGGUGACCUGGAAACCUGGAAAGCAAACUUUCCAACCUCUUGGGAGUUCACGACUUGGACAGUCAAAGACGUUGGCCAGACACCCCGGCAACAUUUUUACACGCCUCGAGCCAAUCUUCACUCAAGUCUCGUGGCAGUAGCCGCCUACAACCAAUACCUCAUCACAAGCAUGCUCGUCAGUAGCACCCGCAUGAGACUAGUCCAACAAAGCCAAUUCUUCCCAGAGACCUUUCGAGACGGCCUUGACAAAGAAAUGCUCAAGAGUCUAUUCCACCUUGAGGACAUGGGGAAAGAAGUGGCUGCUAAUUUCCCAUUCUGCUUGAGUCUCAUCAAAUUAGAGGAUGGCGAAUGUGUGAUCCGCAAGGCUGGUUCCAUGGAAGCGUAUGAACCAGCAACUGCCAAUCUGCUCGCGUGGCCGUUGAGUGUCGUCUCAAAUCUUCACGGCGUGAACAACGCACAGAAGAAAUGGUUCCAGUCUGAACUGAUGUUUGUUGGAAUCACCCUGGGAUAUGGGGCUCUGCAAUGUACCGAUGGUCAUGCGUGUAUCCGACUAUGACUCUUUCUUGCCAAUCCGAUCAAUAAUCUGGGGAUAAGAUGAUCAUUAUUCCGAGAUUUGAUCUGAAUCUGAUCUCAGAGUCGGGCUACCAAGAGAGAAAGACUGACAUCGGUCCCAAGUCUUCAUUUGGAUAUUUCUCCUUAUGGUAUGACGUCGUGGCGGUUGGAAUUCCUA